AUGUCUUCAUCUGAGACUGAAAAUAAUGUCAACAUAAGGGAUACGGAAAUUUUCAAUGAAAUACGAAAUUAUAUUAGGAAAAAAAUUAAUAAUUCUUUUGAGUAUUUUGAAAAGAUAUGGCCUCAAAAGAAACAGAUAAUGGAUAUUAUUCAAAAAUCAAUUGAACUCGGGGAAAGUAAUUCGGUUAUAAUAUGUGGUUCUCCUGGGAGUGGAAAAACAACGGUUAAAAAAAGAGUAUUAUCUAGAUUUUCUCAAAGAAUAAUUUUACUCAAUCAAACUGCAACAUUAGAUGAAAGAUUAACUCUUUUUCAAAAUAUUUUCUUGUUAAAACAAGAAGAUUUGACUAAUGUCGAUGAAAUAUACAAAAUUCUUUGGAACACUAGAAUAAAUGAAUUAAUUGGAAAUAAUGAUGUUCUCAAUGAUAUAAAAAAACAGUUGGAUGUUGAUCCGAGUCAAACUAAAUUUAGAAACCUUAUGUUUAAGUUAUUUAAUACAGUAACUUUUGAACAACCUUUAUUAACAGCUGAUAGUGUAAAGAAAGUAUUCAACAUUUCUGAUAAUUACAUUUCAAUUUUAACUAUCAGAUAUCAGUCUGUUACUUACGAAAGAGAGCCAUUUAAUUUUGAAAUGAUUUACUCUCAGUAUUUAAAAUUCUGUAAAAAAAAUUCAACAGCACUAAUUACUGAACGUUCAGUAGUUUUUAAAGGUUUUCAAAGACUUCAAGAACUUGAAAUUAUAGUACCAGUGAAAAAAAGUAUUGGUCAUGGUCAUGGAAAGUUUUUAAUGGAAUAUCAAUUGUUUAAUUUUAAUUUAACUGAGGAACAAGCAACAGAAGGAGUUAAAUUUAACACUGAACUGACUACUGACAUACGUCAAUGGUCAAUUAUUAAUAAUUAA